AUGGGUUUUGAUUUCGACUUAUGUUACAAGCCUGGUUCUGAGAACAAAGCAGCCGAUGGAUUGUCUCGUAUUCCAUUUCCACUUGGUGAGUCAACUAAAUCAACUCUCCUGGCUCUUUCCAUUCCGUCGGUACUGGAGUUACAUGGCAUCUACAAGGAGAUUGCUUCAAGCCAGGCUGUUCAGUCCUUACUUACGCAGAUACAACAUAGACUUUUUUCGGGGCAAGGUUAUGAGAUUAUCGAUGGGAGACUGUGGUAUAAACGGCGCUUGGUUAUUUCGAGUGACUGUAGUUUCAUUCCUUUGAUUCUCAGUUGGGUGGUCAUUCUGGGUGUGCCGAGUGCGGGACUUCUUCAUCCGUUACCUAUUCUCAAUCAAGUGUGGGAAGAUAUAUCCAUGGAUUUCAUUGAAGGGCUUCCGGUUUCUCAAGGGUUCAAUGUGAUUUUGGUGGUGGUUGACCGUUUGAGUAAAUAUGCUCACUUUUUGGGACUUCGCCACCCGUUCAAUGCGAUUGAUGUGGCUAAGUGCUUUAUGGCGGAUGUGGUCAAGCUACAUGGACUUCCUAAGUCUAUUGUUUCUGAUAGGGACAAGAUCAUUUUAAGCUCGUUUUGGAAAGAUUUGUUUCGCUUGGAGGGUACUAAGUUUUCCUACAGUAUGGCUUUCAACCCACAAACGGAUGGCCAAAUAGAGCUGCUAAAUCGUUGCUUGGAAACAUAUCUUCGUUGCUUUGCGUCGGGUCAGCCGAAGACUUGGCAUAAAUUUUUGUCUUGGGCUGAGCUGUGGUAUAAUACCUCCUAUCAUACUUCGUUGCUUACUACUCCUUACAAGGUUCUGUAUGGCCGGGAUCCUCCGGCUGUUCUACGCUAUGAACCUGGUUCCACCAACAACUUUGAGUUGGAGUCUAUGUUGCACGAAAGGGAUUGGAUGUUAUUAGAGAUUAAGGCACGCCUCUUACAUGUUCAGCAGUUGAUGAAGAAUUCGGCAGAUAAGCACCGGAGGGAUUUACAGUUUGCAGUUGGGGAUUGGGUGUAUCUCAAACUGAAAUCGUAA